GCUCCUCUCGAUGAGCUGGAUAUACUCGCAAACGGCUACAUAUUCCUAAUCGCAGGUUAUGAAACCACUUCGAUCACACUUCAGUUCAUUGCGUACGUCCUGGCACGUUAUCCAGAAAUCCAGGAUCGUCUCUAUGAGGAAGUCACCGGUAUUUUGGGUGAUAAGGAUGUGGUCGAAUACGACGAUAUAAUGCAGAUGCACUAUAUGGAACAGGUAAUGUGCGAAACGUUGAGAAUGUAUCCGCCAGUGGUAAGAACGGAACGUGACUGUGGCACAGAUACCGUUGUAGAUGGAGUACCGAUCGAGAAAGGCACCUCAGUGCAUGUGGCCGUUUACGCUAUCCACCAUAACGAAGAAUAUUAUCCGAAUCCAGAGAAAUUCGAUCCAAACAGAUUUUCGUCUGCGGAGAAAGCUUUGCGUGAUCCACUGGCGUUCAUACCGUUCGGCUAUGGCCCGCGCAACUGUAUCGGUAUGCGUUUUGCACUGAUCCAAAUUCGUUUCACGAUGGCUCGUCUUAUCCGCAAAUACAAAUUCAUCCUUCCAGAUGAGAUGAAGGAUAAACCACUGGAAUUGGACACUUCAAUGAUGACGAAACCUGUCAAACCAAUAAUGAUCAAGAUGGAGAAGAGAGACGUUUGA